AUGGAAAUACACUGUAAGCACGACCCGUUUGCAUCCAUGCAUAGACAUGGAGGAGUGAAUCAGCUUGGGGGGGUUUUUGUGAACGGACGGCCACUCCCGGAUGUAGUCCGCCAAAGGAUAGUGGAACUUGCUCAUCAAGGUGUCAGGCCCUGCGACAUCUCCAGGCAGCUUCGAGUCAGCCAUGGUUGUGUCAGCAAAAUCCUUGGCAGGUAUUAUGAGACGGGGAGCAUCAAGCCUGGGGUAAUUGGAGGAUCCAAACCAAAGGUUGCCACACCCAAAGUGGUGGAAAAAAUCGCUGAGUAUAAACGCCAAAAUCCCACCAUGUUUGCCUGGGAGAUCAGGGACCGGCUGCUGGCGGAACGGGUGUGUGACAAUGACACGGUGCCCAGUGUCAGUUCCAUCAACAGGAUCAUCCGGACAAAAGUACAGCAGCCACCCAACCAGCCGGUCCCAGCUUCCAGUCACAGCAUAGUGUCCACCGGCUCCGUGACGCAGGUGUCCUCGGUGAGCACGGACUCAGCCGGCUCCUCCUACUCCAUCAGCGGCAUCCUGGGCAUUACAUCCCCCAGCGCCGACACCAACAAGCGCAAGAGAGAUGAAGGUAUUCAGGAGUCUCCUGUGCCGAACGGUCACUCACUGACGGGCAGAGAUUUCCUCCGGAAGCAGAUGCGGGGAGACCUGUUCACGCAGCAGCAGCUGGAGGUGCUGGACCGCGUGUUUGAGAGGCAGCACUACUCGGACAUCUUCACCACCGCAGAGCCCAUCAAGCCCGAGCAGACCGCCGAUUAUUCCACCAUGGCCUCGCUGGCUGGAGGGCUGGACGACAUGAAGGCCAACCUGACCAGCCCUACCCCUGCCGACAUCGGGAGCAGCGUGCCGGGGCCGCAGUCCUACCCCAUUGUGACAGGCCGCGACUUGGCGAGCACGACCCUCCCCGGGUACCCUCCGCAUGUCCCCCCCGCCGGACAGGGCAGCUACUCAGCGCCGACACUGACAGGGAUGGUGCCUGGGAGUGAGUUUUCCGGGAGCCCCUACAGCCACCCUCAAUAUCCCUCGUACAACGACUCCUGGAGGUUCCCCAACCCGGGGCUGCUCGGCUCCCCGUACUAUUACAGCGCCGCUGCCCGAGGAGCUGCCCCGCCCGCAGCUGCCACGGCCUACGACCGUCACUGA